GGGUGGGCCUCACGGCGGGGAUGGGUGGCCGUCGAGGGGUGCACCUCACUCACGGCGGGGACAGAUGGCCGUCGAGGGGUGCACCUCACGGCGGGGACGGGUGGCCGUCGAGGGGUGCACCUCACUCACGUUGGGGACGGGUGGCCGUCGAGGGGUGCACCUCACGGCGGGGACGGGUGGCCGUCGAGGGGUGCACCUCACUCACGUUGGGGACGGGUGGCCGUCGAGGGGUGCACCUCACGGCGGGGACGGGUGGCCGUCGAGGGGUGCACCUCACUCAUGUUGGGGACGGGUGGCCGUUGAGGGGCGCACCUCACGGCGGGGACGGAUGGCCAUUGAGGGAUGUACCUCACGGCGGGGAGGGGCUGUGGGAGAGGCUGACGGCCACACCCUGCAGGUGACCCAGCUGAGAGUGUUCGUGUCAGUGCUGGACGUCAAUGACAACGCCCCCAUAUUCCCCUUUACGACCAAGGAGAUAAGGGUGGAGGAGGACACUAAAGUGAACUCCACCGUCAUCCCUGAGACGCAGCUGCAGGCCGAGGACCUAGACAAGGGCGACACUCUGUUCUACACCCUCCAGGAAGUGACAGCAGGUGCCAGUGACUACUUCUCCCUGGUGAGUGUAAACCAUCCCGCCCUGAGGCUGGACCAGCGCCUGGACUUCUACGAGCGGCCGAACAUGGCCUUCCGGCUGCUGGCGAGGGACACUCCGGAGGAGAAUGUGGAGCCCAGCCACACUGCCACCGCCACGCUGGUGCUGAGCGUGGUGCCUGCCGACCUGCGGCCCCCCUGGUUCCUACCCUGCACCUUCUCAGAUGGCUACGUCUGCAUCCAAGCUCAGUACCACGGGGCUGUCCCCACGGGGCACACACUGCCAUCCCCCCUCGUCCUGCGUCCCGGACCCAUCUACGCUGAGGACGGAGACCGCGGCAUCAACCAGCCCAUCAUCUACAGCAUCUUUAGUGGAAACGUGAAUGGUAUCUUCGUCAUCCACCCAGACUCGGGCAACCUCACCAUGGCCAGGAGUGUCCCCAGCCCCAUGACCCUACGUCUGCUGGUGAAGGGCCAACAGGCUGACCUUGCCCGCUACUCAGUGACCCAGGUCACCGUGGAGGCUGUGGCUGCAGCUGGGAGCCCGCCCCGCUUCCCCCAGAGCCUGUACCGUGGUACCGUGGUGCUUGGCGCUGGAGCGGGCGUUGUGGUCAAGGAUGCAGCUGCCCCCUCUCAGCCUCUGAGGAUCCAGGCUCAGGACCUGGAGUUCUCGGACCUCAACUCGGCCAUCACGUAUCGAAUUACCAACCACUCACACUUCCGGAUGGAGGGAGAGGUUGUGCUGACCACCACCACACUGGCACAGGCGGGAGCCUUCUACGCAGAGGUUGAGGCCAACAACACGGUGACCUCUGGCACCGCAACCACAGUCAUUGAGAUACAAGUUUCCGAACAGGAGCCCCCCUCCACAGGUGAACCCCCCUCCACAGAUGUCCCCCCAUCCCCAGAGGCUGGAGGAACAACCAGGCCCUGGACCAGCACCACUUCCGAGGCCCCCAGACCCUCUGCGCCCUCCCAGGGAACCUCCACGACCAGCUCUGGGGGAGGCACAGGCCCUCAUCCACCCUCUGGCACAACUCUGAGGCCACCAACCUCAUCCACACCCGGGGGGCCCCUGGGUGCAGAAAACAUCACCUCCCAGCAACCAGCCACUCCCGGUGGGGGUACAGCACAGACCCCAGAGCCAGGAACCUCUCAGCCGCUGCCCCCCGGUGUGGGAACCAGCACCUCCCAGCAACCAGCCACUCCCAGUGGGGGCACAGCACAGACCCCAGAGCCAGGAACCUCUCAGCCGCUGCCCCUCAGCAGGAGCACCCCAUCUUCAGGUGGCGGCCCCUUGGAGGACAGGCGCUUCUCAGUGGUGGACAUGGCGGCCCUGGGCGGGGUGCUGGGUGCGCUGCUGCUGCUGGCUCUCCUUGGCCUUGCCGUCCUUGUCCACAAGCACUAUGGUCCCCGGCUCAAGUGCUGCUCUGGCAAAGCUUCGGAGCCCGAGCCCGAAGGCUUUGACAACCAGACGUUCCUCCCUGACCACAAGGACAACUGGGCGCCCGUCCCCAGCCCCACGCAUGACCCCAAGCCCGCGGAGGCACCGAUGCCCGCAGAGCCUGCGCCCCCCGGCCCUGCCUCCCCAGGCGGUGCCCCUGAGCCCCCCGCAGCGGCCCGAGCCGGCGGAAGCCCCACGGCGGUGAGGUCCAUCCUGACCAAGGAGCGGCGGCCGGAGGGCGGGUACAAGGCCGUCUGGUUUGGCGAGGACAUCGGGGCGGAGGCAGACGUGGUCGUUCUCAACGCGCCCACCCUGGACGUGGAUGGCGCCAGUGACUCCGGCAGCGGCGACGAGGGCGAGGGCGCGGGGAGGGGUGGGGGUCCCCACGAUGCGCCCGGUGGCGAUGACUCCUACAUCUAAGCGGCUCCUCCACCCUCUACCCCGGCCGCGCGGGCACUGGAGGUCCUGCUCCCCCAACCUCCGACCCGAGGCAGAAUAAAGCGAGGCUCCCGAAACCCAGGCCAUGGCGUGGGGCAGGCGCGCGGGUGCACGGGGGCCCCAUUCACUCGCGUCCCCCAUCGUCAUCAGCGCUUGAGCCCGGGUGUGCAGAUAGGGGCGGCGGGUCUGGCCACGCUGUCCCCACCCUAAGGCUGCAGCACUUCCCGUAAACCACCUGCUGUGCCCGCCGCCUUCCUGAGGCUCUGUGCCAGCUGGCCUAGGAAGUUCCUCUCCCGCUCUAACCACAGCCCGAGAGGGGGCUCCCCUCCCCCCACCUGCACCGGGGAUCUCAGUCACCCGCUCAGCUCAGACCUCCCGCUCCGGACCCUACACAGAGAUUGCCUGGGGAGGCUGAGGAGCCGGUGCAAACCCCCAAGACGAUGCUCCUGGGAGUCGGUGGUCUCAAACACCUGCUGGGGGUCCUAGUCCCCUUCUGAAAUCUACAUGCUUGAGUUGGGGCACAGCAGUAAACACCCCGCCCAGAGGCCCGGACUGAGGCGCGCUGCGGGUGGGCGCGCCAUGUGGCGUGAGCAGGAGCCGGACCAGGAGGCCUAGGGGUGAGAGACACAUUCCCCUCGCUUUUCCCAAGGCCGGAGCCCAGCCUGGGUGCCCAUGCCCAGAACCAUCAAGGGAUCCCUUGUGAGUUGUCAGCAUUUUCCCUAAUGAAAAUACACCAUUAAUUCCUUUCCAAA